CCGAGGAGCCCGCCCGCCGCCACCAUGAGCUGCGCCGCGCUGCUGGGGCGCCGGGGGCCGCGGCUGCUGCGGGUCGCCGCCCGCCCGCCCCGCUGGAGCAGGCGGCGCAGCGCCGGCUGCGAGCCCCCGGCGGGGGCCGCCGUCCGCAUCGGCUGCGCCUCAGGCUUCUGGGGUGACACGGCGGCCGCAGUGCCGCAGCUGCUGUACGGGGGGAAGCUGGAUUUCCUCGUCUUCGACUAUCUCUCCGAGAUCACCAUGUCGUUGCUGACGGCCGCCAAAGCCCGCUCUCCCGGUUUAGGUUACACUCCGGAUUUUGUCUCCGCUGCUAUGGCUCCCUAUAUAAAAGACAUUCACAGGAAAGGUGUUCGUGUCAUCAGUAAUGCUGGUGGAAUUAAUCCACUUGCUUGUGCAGCUGCCCUUGAGGAGGUGGCAAAGAAAGCAGACGUUGAUUUGAAAAUAGCUGUUGUUACUGGAGAUGACCUAAUGAGUGAGAAGGAGAACUUAAAAGGAGCUGGUAUCACUGAUUUAGAGACUGGCAAACAAUUUCCAGAGAGUGUUCAUAGCAUGAAUGUGUAUCUUGGCGCAAGGCCAAUAAGCAGGGCUCUUGACCUUGGAGCCGAUAUUGUUGUGACAGGUAGAUGCGUUGACAGUGGGAUUGUGUUAGGACCACUCAUUCAUUCUUUUGGCUGGAACAGAGAUGAAUUUGACUUGCUAGCUGCAGGAAGCCUUGCAGGUCACCUCAUUGAAUGUGGUGCUCAAUGUACAGGUGGAAUAUUCACCGAUUGGCAUGCAGUGCCAGACUGGCACAACAUAGGCUUUCCCAUUGUAGAAUGUUCCUCUGAAGGAGACUUUAUUCUUUCCAAACCACCAGACACAGGGGGACUGAUCUCUUUUGGCACUGUAGCUGAACAGCUGGUGUAUGAAUUGGGCAAUCCUCAGUGCUAUCUUUUACCAGAUGUCACAUGUGACUUUUCCAGAGUUUCCAUCACUGAAAUUCCAGGUUUUGAUGGUGGGGCAGUGAAAGUUCGUGGAGCAAAAGGAUCACCUCCUUCAACGUUUUAUAAGGUAAAUGCCACUUACCUUGAUGGCUUUCGAGCUACUGCUGUCUGUCCAGUGGGAGGUCCAAAGGCAGUACAAAAAGGAAAGCGCACUGCAGAAAGUAUUCUGCAGAGGACUCGUCUUAUUUUCAGUCAGCUUGGUUAUGAAGAUUACAGUGCAGUUAACAUACAGGUUUUAGGGUCUGAAGAUACAUAUGGACCUCAUGCUAGAAGGAGUAUAGAUGGUCAGGGUCCUCGGGAAGCUGUUAUUUGGCUUGCUGUACACCAUAAGCAAAAAGAAGCUGUGGAGAUCUUCUCCAGAGAGAUUGCACCAGCUGGAACUGGCAUGGCACCCGGCCUCACUGGAAUUGUUGGAGGGCGCCCCAGAGUAUCUCCAGUUCUGAAGCCAUUUUUCUUCCAUUAUCCCAAAAGCAAUGUUCAGGUCAACCUAUUUUUAAAUGGGCAGCAUGUUGAGACAUUUGAGGAAGAUCUUACGUUUACAUCAGAUGAGGUUGUUUCAUUUGAUCCGCCUAAGAUUAGCAGUGAAUUGAACGAUCUGCCAAGUGGUCCACAUACGUACCGCUUAGAAGAUCUUGCCUAUACUAGAAGUGGAGACAAGGGCAACUCUGCAAACAUAGGUGUGAUAGCACGGCAUCCCCUCUACUAUCCAUACCUAAAGAAAACUUUAACUGCUCAAGCCCUGGAGAAGUACUUCCAACACCUUUUAGAGCAAGAAAAACCUGAAGAAGAACUAGUAACAAGAUACGAGUUGCCAGGAAUCCAUGGAUUAAAUUUUGUUCUGAAGAAUUCCCUUGGUGGUGGUGGCAUAGCAUCCCUAAGAAGUGACCCACAGGGCAAAGCACUUGGACAGAUGCUGUUGGAUUUCCAGAUUAAAAAUGUUCCCGACUUAAAAUCACUGAUAGAGUAACAGGUGUUUAAUACAUAUGCUUUUAACACUGAGUGGUAUAAAAACAUGUUGUAAACAAGAACUGGCUUCUUGAGUGAGGUCUUUUUUUUUUUUUUUUUUUUAAAGUCAGAGUAGAAAUUAGUGACGGUUAUCUCUGAGGCUUAGCUAUAUGGCACAGAUAAGCAAAUGUUUUGAGUAAUACCAGACUAAUAGCUUUGCCUGUGACUGAUAACAUUUCCUGUUUAGAUAAUACAUUGGAUGAAGAAUUAAUUUAUUUCCUGUAAAAUAGAAUUAAUCAAAUUGCAACCUAACAUUUAAUUAUGAGACAAGAUAAUCUUUGUUUCAAGAUGGAAAUUAACCUCCCAUUCAGUCCAUCUAGCUUUACCUUCUCUCAGUCUUUAUUUGAAAAUUCAAUGGACCGAUACAGUAGAGCUCCAGUCAGCUGUGUUUGUCCUGUGCAUGGAGUGAGGCUGGGUAACCUGCUGUGCAUUGCUGUGAACUCAGCACUGCCUGGUACUGGGGAACUGCUUUCCCUGUUGGGCAAUAAAGAAAAGUAAUAAUUGUUGCUGUUACAGAAUGACUGGUUGUAAAUGUUGACCUUUGGUGGUGGUCCACCAAACCUCCAGCACUUUGUCCAGUUAAUGACAGAUUUUAUUAUUACAGUUUCCAACAUCUCUUACUAAUUAAUCCAUUGGUUGAGAGCACUGGCUAAUAGCACAUUGCAGAUCUUGGCAUGGGAAUAAAUUUGAAGAUGAGGAAAGGAGAGUGCUGUGAGCUAGUCUGCCUGCUCACUCUCCUGUGGGGGUGCAGACCUGGCAGGGACGAAGCGGGGCUGGAUGGUGGGAGAGAUACCUCAGUCUGUCUCAGGGCUGUUACGUCCUCAUUUUGUGCAGCAGAGUCCCUCUUGGAUUAAGUUCAUUUGACUGUUGUUUGCAUUGCCCUUCCCACAGAAGGGUCCACAAACUUGCCACAGAAAGGUCUGUCUCCUGCUGUGAAGGAAUACCAUGGUGAAUGCAGUUUGCUCCAUCUCUCUUCUGACUCCCAGCUACCACCUGCCCAUCUCCCGUCCUGCACAAUAUGACUAGCAUGUUCAAAUUAGGAUACUCCUAAACUUCUUCACCUGAUUAAGCAGAGACUCAUAAAUCCAUAUCAUACUUCCUGGGACAAUAUCAAGGCAGAAAUUCUGGCCCAGUAACUGUCUGUAUUUCCUCUGCAGAAGCCACAGAAAUAACUUUCUGCAUGUUCAGGCAUUUUAUAUUCAGAAAUUAAUAUUUUCCUUUAUUUUGGGGAGACUGCAUUGUUUAGUGCUGACAAAAUGACACAUUACUAACACCAGAUAAAAUGAUAAGGGUUUUUUUAAUUGUCACUGAAACUGUUAGUUGUUCCUAAGUUGAAGUCUGUGCUCCCACUGUUACUAAUUUCCUAGCCUCUUGUUUGCUAAUAAGGACUAUACAAUGAAUUGCUUUUCUGUGGUUUUGUUCAUUUGAAUUGAAGGUAUCAUAAGUGAAUGCUUUAUCCAUCUAUCCAUCGUAAGUACUACCUGUGUAUACAGCAUGAUUCAGUCUAGUUGUAAAAAAUGAGUCAUUACUUCAUUGCAGAAAAAUAUUCCAACUUAAUAACUUCAAAGGGAAAACGGCAUGCUGAUUUUAUUAUGUUUACAGUCAUUGUUCAUUAGAAAACUCUUGUUAAUAAUUUUGAAGCCUAUUAGUUUAGCAAAACAAAGGUAUUGAAAGGAAAUAAACAAAAAAGUGAUAGACUCCAGUUGCAAACCUACAAGAAUAAAAAGGCUACAGUAAAUACUUGCAGUUCACUCAAUAUGCUGCUUAAGCAACUCUGUAAAUGUGUAUGCAAUAAUUUUUGAAUAAAAGUGAACAUUUAUAAA